GGUAGUGAAGAGUUUAGAGGGACGAGGCAGGCGGCGGUCCUCUGAGCCUUACUGCAUGUAUACAUGGGAGACUGAGUGCAACUUGUGCAAAUGAGCGGUUGCCCAUAGCAACCAGUCUGGUCCUGUCUGUCAUUUCAUGGAGCUUUUGGAAAAUAAAGCUGGAACCUGAAUGACCCCAUCGGUACGGUUUCUGUGACUGGGGGCUUGUACGAUAGAGUCUUGUACGUUUUUGGGCAAUGUGAUUGCAGGGGGUUAAUGGUUUUCAGUAUUUGCCUAUUUGUUAUCCGUGCUGCGGGAUAGAGCCAUGAACCCGACAUCCGUGCUUAGGAAAUCUGUACGGGCAAAAGAGAAGAAGCAGAAGCGCCAGGAAGAGCGCGCCGCCAUGGCGGCUGUGUGCGCCAAGGUGCAAGCAGCCAAUCAACUUGGUGACCCUCUAGGAGCCUUUCCAGUCUUUAAAAAGUUUGACAGAAAUGGGUUGAAUUUGACUAUAGAAUGCUGCCGAGUCACUGAUCUGGACCAGAAGACCACUGAUUGGGCCUUUGAACUUACAAAGACAAAUAUGCAGCUGCUUUAUGAACAAAGUGAAUGGGGAUGGAAAGAGAGAGAGAAACGAGAGGAGCUGACAGAUGAACGUGCCUGGUACCUUAUUGCCAGAGAUGAACUUGGUAUGCCUGUUGCUUUUGUGCACUUCAGAUUUGAUGUGGAAUGUGGAGAUGAAGUGCUUUACUGUUAUGAGGUGCAGUUAGAGGUCUGUGUCCGCAGGAAAGGAGUAGGGAAAUUCCUGGUACAGAUCUUGCAGCUGAUGGCAAAUAGCACACAAAUGAAGAAGGUUGUCCUUACAGUCUUUAAACAUAAUAAUGGUGCUUACCAGUUCUUCAGAGAUGCUUUACAGUUUGAGAUAGACGAGACCUCUCCCAGCGUAUCGGGCUGCUGUGGGGAUGACUGCACAUAUGAGAUUCUGAGCCGCAGAACAAAGUUUGGAGAUGCUCCCCAUUCACAUUCAGCACAGUGUGCUGGCUGCUGCCAUUGAAUAUAGAGGCAGAUACCUGAGGACUGUGGAGGAUCAUAAUGGACAAAAUGAUUGUCUUUUUUUUUGUACUUUUUUAUGUUUUUUAAACUUUGUGAUGUUAAAAUGCAGCACUGUUGUGGACAUGUGUGUAACUCAUGUCUCUACUAGUCCUUUUAACGGUAAAUAAAUUCUUGUUUG